CGGCAGCAGGAAUGCCUCCCCGUUCCCUGCUGCCGCUGCUCUUUUUCCUCUCGGAGGACGAGCUGCAGCCCGAGUGGCGGCGAUCUCCCCCCGCCGCCCCCGGCAGCCAGACCCCCGGCGGGCAAGCAAGAAGCCGCUCCCCAAAGAAGCGCCCCCUCCGGGUUGCCAUCGCGCAGACCUGAAGGGGUGGGCUGGGGCUGGCCGAUCUCUUCGCCGCGUGGAUCUGGGCGGCGGGGGGUGGGGUGGGGGGUCCAGCCACGGAGAAAGCCAACCGGAGGGCCAGAUCCACCCCCCCUCCCAGCUGGGAGAAAGCUGGCUGGAUCCAGCGGAAAUCCGUGCUUCCCAUGCCGGAUACACACCGCUCGCAAACGCGCUCUCUAGCUGCUGCUGCUGCUGCUGCUCAACAGUUUUUGACUGCAGAGAGAGACAGAGACAGAGGCAGAGAAAGAUGGUCGGUUGGCAUCGCAGAGAGGCUGCUACGAGGCAGAGAACAGCAGGCAGCAGGAAUCCUGCCACGCAUUCCUAAGGAAACCGACCGUCUGAGCGGCGACAAACGCCCAACGCAGCCACCCCAUCGGCAGCCGUUUGCAAAACUGCCUGCCUGAGCCCGACCGAUUUCCGAUCCUGGCGAAAGCAGGUUGGGGAGAAUGGCGGAGUGACGUCGGUGUGGCCAGUAUCCUCUGAAAGGGUGCCAGGUUCAAAGGGUGCACAAGAUGCUUUAGCUCCCCGCCACUAGCCUCCUCGCAACGUGACGGGCUUGCCGCUCCUCUGCAGCCAUGCCGCCGCGGCCUUCCUCUGGGGAGCUGUGGGGGCUCCACCUCAUGCCCCCCCGGAUCAUGGUGGACUGCUGCCUCCCCAACGGCAUGAUUGUCACCCUUGAAUGUCUGCGGGAAGCCACUCUGCUGGGCAUCAAGCAUGACCUCUUCAAGGAAGCCAGGAAAUACCCCCUUUUCCACCUGCUGCAGGAGGAAUCCUCCUACAUCUUUGUGGGGGUGACGCAGGAGGCUGAGAGGGAAGAAUUCUUUGAUGAGUCUCGGAGACUUUGUGAUCUCCGCCUCUUUCAGCCCAUCCUGAAGGUGAUUGAGCCUGUUGGCAACCGGGAGGAGAAGAUCCUCAAUCGGGAGAUUGGUUUUGCCAUUGGGAUGCCCAUCUGUGAAUUUGAACUGGUCAAGGACCCAGAGGUGCAAGAAUUCCGGCGGAACAUCCUGUCCGUCUGCCGUGAGGCCGUGGAGACAAGGGGGGCAGUGGGCCCCCAGAGUCAGGCUUUGUAUGUCUACCCCCCCAAUGUGGAGUCCAGCCCAGAAUUGCCCAGACACGUCUACAGCAAGCUGGACAAAGGUCGGAUCAUAGUUACCAUUUGGGUUAUUGUGUCUCCAAACAACGACAAACAGAAAUACACCCUCAAGACGCCGCACGACGCCCUGCCGGAGCAGGUGAUCGCCGAGGCCAUCCGGAAGAAGACACGCAGUAUGCACCUCUCGCCGGAGCAGCUGCGCCUCUGCGUGCAGGAGUACCAGGGGAAGUACCUCCUGAAGGUCUGCGGCUGCGACGAGUACUUGCUCGAGAAAUACCCGCUCAGCCAGUACAAGUACAUGCGGAACUGCAUCGCCAUCGGCCGCUUGCCGCACUUGAUGCUCAUGAGCAAGGAGAGCUUGUACAGCCAGCUGCCAGCCAAUGUCUUUGUGCUGCCCUCCUACGCGCGCCGCGUGGCCACCUCCUCGCACGUCAACGGGGAUGUGCCCAACAAGUCGCUCUGGUCCAUCAACAGCCUCCUGCGCAUCAAGAUCCUGUGCGCCACCUACGUGAAUGUCAACAUCCGGGAUAUCGAUAAGAUCUACGUCCGGACGGGGAUUUUCCACGGAGGGGAGCCCCUUUGUGACAACGUCAACACCCAGCGCGUCCCGUGCUCCAACCCUCGGUGGAACGAGUGGCUUUCGUAUGACAUCUGUCUCACCGACCUGCCCCGAGCCGCACGCCUCUGCGUCUCCAUCUGCUCCGUGAAAGGGCGGAAGGGGGCGAAGGAGGAGCACUGCCCCCUGGCGUGGGGGAACGUCAACCUCUUUGAUUACAAAGACACUCUGGUGGCCGGGAAGAUGGCGCUGAACCUCUGGGCGGUCCCCCACGGCAUGGAGGACUUACUGAACCCCAUUGGAGUGGGGGGCUCCAACCCCAAUAAGGAGACCCCCUGCCUCGAGCUGGAAUUCACCUGGUACAGCCACACGGUCAAGUUUCCCGAUGCAGCCGAGAUCGAAGAGCACGCCAACUGGGCCAUGUCUCGGGAACUGGGACUCAACUACUGCGUGGUGGGACUAAGUAACCGCCUGGCCCGGGACAGCUCCCUUGACGAGAGCGAACUGGAGCAGCUCCGGAAUAUCUGCAACCGGGACCCCCUUUCUGAGAUCACAGAGCAGGAGAAGGAUUUCCUGUGGAGGCACCGGCACUACUGUGUCAACAUCCCCGAGACACUCCCGAAACUGCUGCUCUCUGUCAAGUGGAACUCGCGGGAUGAGGUGGCUCAGGUGAGGUCAGCACCACCACGGCAGCAGAUGUACUGCCUCCUCCGGGAGUGGCCCCUCAUCAAGCCCGAACUCUCCAUGGAACUCCUGGAUUGCAACUUCCCUGACCCGGUCGUGAGAGAGUUUGCGCUGAAGUGCCUCGUGAAGGGACUGACGGACGACAAGCUCUCCCAGUACCUCAUCCAGCUCGUGCAGGUCCUCAAGUACGAGCAGUACCUGGACAACCCGCUGGCCCGCUUCCUGACCAUGAAGGCCCUGACGAACCAGCGGAUCGGGCACUUCUACUUCUGGCAUCUCAAGUCGGAGAUGCACAGCAAGCCGGUUUCCCAGCGCUUUGGCCUGAUGCUGGAGGCCUUCUGCCGUGGCUGCGGGAUGUACCUCAAGCACCUGAACCGACAGGUGGAGGCCAUGGAGAAGCUGAUCAACCUCACCGACAUCCUGAAGCAAGAGAAGAAGGACGAGACGCAGAAGAUGCAGAUGAAGUUCCUGGUGGAGCAGAUGAGGAGACCGGAUUAUAUGGAGGCUCUCCAGGGCUUUAUCUGCCCUCUCAACCCCGUACACCAGCUGGGCAACCUCCGACUGGAUGAGUGCCGGAUCAUGUCUUCUGCCAAGCGGCCCUUGUGGCUGAACUGGGAGAAUCCUGACAUCAUGUCGGAACUGCUCUUCACCAACCACGAGAUCAUCUUUAAAAAUGGAGACGACCUCCGGCAAGAUAUGCUGACGCUGCAGAUCAUCCGGAUCAUGGAGAGUAUGUGGCAGAACCAAGGACUAGACCUUCGGAUGCUACCUUACGGCUGCCUGUCCAUCGGGGACUGCGUGGGCCUCAUCGAGGUGGUGAAAAGCUCCCACACCAUCAUGCAGAUCCAGUGCAAGGGGGGCCUGAAGGGGGCGCUGCAGUUCAACAGCAACGCCCUGCACCACUGGCUGAAGGACAAGAACAGGGGCGAGGGCUACGACGCGGCCAUUGACCUCUUCACACGCUCCUGCGCUGGCUACUGUGUCGCCACCUUUAUCCUGGGCAUCGGGGACCGGCACAACAGCAACAUCAUGGUCAAGGACGAUGGGCAGCUGUUCCAUAUCGACUUUGGGCACUUCCUGGACCACAAGAAGAAGAAGUUUGGGUACAAGCGGGAGCGCGUCCCCUUCGUCCUCACGCAGGACUUCCUCAUCGUCAUCAGCAAAGGGGUGCAGGAGUGCACCAAGACCAAGGAGUUUGAGAGGUUCCAGGAGAUGUGCUACAAGGCCUACCUGACCAUCCGCCAGCACGCCAACCUGCUGAUCAACCUCUUCUCCAUGAUGCUGGGCUCGGGGAUGCCGGAGCUGCAGUCCUUUGACGACGUGGCCUACCUGCGCAAGACGCUGGCGCUGGACAAGUCGGAGCAGGAGGCGCUGGAGUACUUCACCAAGCAGAUGAACGAGGCCCACCACGGCGGCUGGACCACCAAGAUGGACUGGAUCUUCCACACCAUCCGCCACAUGCCCCUGAGUGAGGCCGGCCACGACUGAGGGCUGCAGGAGGCACCCGAGCCCCGUCACAGGGCUGCCCACCCCCCCACCCCCCCGCACGAAGGGGGAAGGCCUGUGGGUCUUGGGCCACCCGGGUCCCAUCCGGCUUCUCCCUUGGCAUCCGCGGGGAGGACCCGGGAGUUCUGGUGUCCUAGAGGAGGAGAGGGGAGAGAGUGGGGAGGCGGCCCCUGGCACGGGCAGGGAGGGCAGGGAAAGGAACCCAGGAGUCCUGGCUUGCGGCUGCCUCCAGGGAGGCGAGGUGGGGCAGAAACGGGACCUCUUCCCCUCUGGGGCUUGGCUUGAAUGGGGUUCCGCUCCCUUCCCCACCUUCAUUUCUGGGCUGCCCAGGAGCCAGCCUCCCACUUCCAGGCAGCUUCAUACUUGAAUUUCCCCCUCUUCGACCCCCAACCCUGCAGCGGUGAGUUCUGUGGGAAGAAGUUGUGGCGAGGAAGCCUUGGACCUGGGGCUGGGGGCGCGGGCGGGAAGCGGGAAAGUGGCAAUACUUGAACAGGUCCGGAGUUGGCAAGGAAGAACAAUUAUUUUCUCUCUCUUUUCUUUUUUUCCAAAUAAAAUUUUAAAAAGAAGGAAGGAGAA